AUGGCCGAGUCCGCGAAGAGGAGAAUCGUAAUAGUUGGCGGAGGGAUUAUCGGGAGUACCACGGCCUAUUUCCUCACCCGACAUCCCAAAUACAAUCCGGCACUGCAUUCAAUCCAUCUCAUCGAGGCCACCUCAAUAGCCAGCGGCGCUUCGGGCAAAGCAGGCGGUCUCCUUGCGCUAUGGGCGUAUCCAUCCUGUCUGGUGCCGCUGAGCUUUAGACUCCACGACGAACUCGCAAAAGAACACGGCGGUGCAGAGCGCUGGGGAUAUCGCGGCGUUGGCGUGGGCCAGAUCGAACUGGCCGGUCGACAUGUCAGCAAUCGACCCAAAGUGGUCGCUGACGGUGAGUCCAAGGGGGAAGAUAUCAGAGGUCUGCAUAGAUCGGAUGUGGUCAGUGAUGGCAAUGUGAGUCUUCAAAAGAGAAGUGAAGAAUCAUACGCCACUUUACGUAAAAUGGGUCUCCCAGAUGACCUGGACUGGGUCGCUGAGGAGUGUAUCCAGGGCUACAGCAGCAUGGGCUCCCCCAAGGACACGGCUCAAGUCCAUCCUUAUCGGUUCACCACCUCGAUGGCGGCUCUUGCAGAAGAACAGGGCGCAAAAUUAAUUCUUGGCCAUGUUGACAAGAUUGAGUCAUCGCCGUCGGGAGAGCACACCGUCAGGUAUACGGACAAAGCUACUAAUGCCCCAGAAUCCAUCUCCGCAACGGACGUGAUUGUGACGGCUGGGCCGUGGACGAAAACCGUCUGGCCCGGCUCUCCCAUCGGCGCAUUGCGAGCUCACAGUGUGACGAUCCGGCCGACUCGCCCAGUCUCUGCAUACUGCCUCUUCACGCAACUCAGGCUCCCAAAGAAUUUCAAAGAAGGUACGAAGUCGCGAGCCACUUUCGUCACGCCCGAAAUUUAUGCGCGGCCGAACAACGAGCUAUAUUCGUGCGGCGAGGGCGACAAUCUUGUCCCUUUACCCAAGUCUACUGCCGAGGUGCAGGUCGAUGAUUCCCGAUGUCAAGAUAUCGUGGACUAUUGCGCGAGCAUCUCGGACGAGAUGCGUGAUGGCGAAGUGCUGGUUAGACAAGCUUGCUAUUUACCACAGGUCGAGACGGGGGCAGGACCUUUGGUCGGGCCGACGAAUACGAAGGGCGUAUAUCUUGCGGCGGGCCAUACGUGCUGGGGCAUUCAGAACGGACCGGGCACGGGGAAGUUGAUGAGUGAGUUUGUCUUUGACGGGAAGGCGGUUAGUGCGAAUGUGGCCCGUUUGGAUCCGAGGAAAGUGCUGAGAUAG